AUGAGCCGUGGUGCAAGAGGCUUCAGUCGCGGCGGUGGCCGUGGAGGUGGACGAGGGGGCUUCCAACAACGCGAUUUUGGUCCUCCCGACACCGUUCUCGAAAUGGGAACGUUCGUACAUGCUGUAGAAGACGAGAUGCUUUGCUCAUCACUCCUUCCCGACAAAGUCCCUUACUUCAAUGCGCCAAUUUACCUACAAAAUAAAUCCGUCAUCGGGAAAGUCGAUGAGAUCCUGGGGCCAGUCAACGAAGUCUAUUUCUCCAUAAAGAUGGGAGAAGGCAUGGUUGCAAGCAGUUUCAAAAAGGGCGACAAAGUCUAUAUCGGUGGUGACAAGCUGUUGCCCAUCGAAAGAUUCUUGCCAAAGCCCAAAGUCGCUGGAGAACGCGGUCGCGGGGCCGGUCGUGGUGGACGUGGGGCGGGUAGGGGCGCUCCAAGAGGUCGGGGUGGACCUCGUGGCGGUGGUAGAGGCUUUGGCGGUGACAGGGGACGAGGAAGAGGAGGAUCGAGAGGAGGGUUUGGAGGAGGUGGCGGCGGCGGAUUUGGUGGAGGAGGGUUUGGAGGUGGAAGGGGCGGUGGUCGAGGCGGGUUCGGAGGCGGUCGUGGAGGUUUUGGAGGUGGCAGAGGCAGAGGUUCAUGA